GCCACGCUGCAGGUCAGAGGUCACGGGGAGCGUCUCCACCAGUGUAAAGAAGUGACCCUCACCACCUAUAAGUCCAUCCCCAUGCAGGUGGAUGGAGAACCGUGUAAACUGUCCCCGUCCAUCAUCAGCAUCAGUCUGAAGAACCAGGCCAACAUGGUGCAGAAGACCAAGAGGAGGAGCUCCAUGCCCCACUUCAAUGACCAGCAGCUCGUCCCUGAAAACCUGCAGAUCACAGUGAACAGGAUCAGCAUGACGGCGUACGAGGCUCUGCACUAUGACAUGGACCAGCUGAGGGACGCCUCGAUGCCGCUCGGAGUGAUCACCGUCCCCGGAGACUGUGACCUGGAAACCUGCCGUCUGCUCAUAGAGCGUCUGCAGGACCACAUGGAGCAGGCCUGUGACACGACGGAGGGAGAGAGUCUGUCGUCACAGAAACUCUCCACCAAGUGGUGUUUCCUCGACUGUACGACGGCAGAUCGCUUCUAUAGAAUCGACCGAACUCAGGAACACCUGAACUAUGUGACGGAGAUCUCUCAGGAGGAGCUCUACAUCCUGGACCCAGAGCUGGUCAUCAAGGACAUGGUGGGCACGUCCGCCGGGAGGCUGGAGUCAGAGGAGCUGGACCAGGAGAGACAGUUCGUCCUCCCGUCCUGCACACACACACCCAGUUCUGCUUCACAUGAUUCUGAAAAAGGUAAAACGUUUAAAUUUGAUGCAGCUUCACAGUGACAAACGUUUCUCUGAACAAAGUGAAAAUAAAGAUGGACGACAU